GUGGAAGCACCUUUCCAUGGGGGGCCGCUUCGACCAGGGCCAGCAUGCUUUGCUCAACGAAGGACAGGAGAACGAGAUGGAGAUAUUUGGCUACCAGACUCACAGCUGCCGGAAAACCCUCUGCCUUGCUGGAUCCAUCUUCUCAUUUGGGAUCCUCCCCUUGGUGUUUUACUGGAGACCCGCUUGGCAUGUGUGGGCAAAUUGCGUCCCAUGUUCCUUGCAAGAAGCAGACAUCGUAUUGCUGAGGACAACAGAUGAAUUCCAAACCUACUUUCGAAAAAAGGUAAUGUGGAUCUACCUGUCAGCAUUAAACAGCGCGUUUGGUCUCACUCCUGACCACCCUCUCAUUGCAGAUGAGGAGUGUCUCAUAAAUAGAGCCAUAAGAAAGCCAGACUUAAAGGUGAGGUGCAUAAAAGUGCAGAAAAUAAGAUAUGUUUGGAACAACUUAGAAGGACAGUUCCAGAAAAUUGGCUCUCUGGAAGAGUGGCUCAGUUCUGCCAAGAUACAUCUAAAAUUUGGAUCAGGCCUAACAAGAGAAGAACAAGAGAUUAGGAGGUUAACCUGUGGGCGUAAUACUAUUGAUGUUGAAAUCACACCAAUUUGGAAACUACUCAUCAAGGAGGUUUUAAAUCCAUUUUACGUAUUUCAGCUCUUCAGCGUCUGUCUGUGGUUUAGUGAAGACUAUAAGGAAUAUGCGUUUGCCAUUAUACUGAUGUCCAUCAUUUCCAUGGCUCUGGCAGUAUAUGAUCUCAGAGUGCAAUCUGUAAAACUCCACCGUCUAGUUGAGUCACAUAAUAGCAUUACAGUCUCUGUAUGUGGGAGAAAAGCUGGAGUCCAAGAGCUGGAAUCACGCUUCCUGGUCCCAGGAGAUCUAUUAAUUUUGACAGGGAACAAAAUGCAAAUGCCCUGUGAUGCCAUUCUGAUUGAUGGCAGCUGUGUGGUGAAUGAAGGCAUGCUGACAGGAGAAAGCAUUCCAGUCACUAAAACUCCAUUACCCGAGACGGAUAGCUCUGCGCCCUGGAGAACACAGAGCGAUGUGGAUUACAAGCGGCAUGUCCUCUUUUGUGGAACAGAGGUGAUCCAGGCCAAGGGGGCUUGCUCCGGGCCUGCGAGAGCAGUGGUACUGCAGACUGGAUUCAACACUGCAAAGGGGGACCUUGUGAGAUCCAUCUUGUAUCCCAAGCCCAUAAACUUUAAGCUCUACAGGGAUGCCAUCAGGUUCCUCCUGUGCCUCAUAGGGACUGCCACCAUUGGGAUGAUCUAUACUUUGUGUGUCUACGUACUCAGUGGGGAAGCUCCCGGGGAGGUGGCAAAGAAAGCCCUGGAUGUCAUCACAAUUGCAGUUCCUCCUGCUCUGCCUGCCGCCCUGACCACAGGCAUUAUCUAUGCCCAGAGGAGGCUGAAGAAGAGAGGCAUCUUUUGCAUCAGCCCCCAGAGAAUCAAUGUCUGUGGGCAAUUAAACCUUGUCUGCUUUGACAAGACAGGCACCUUAACAAGGGAGGGCUUGGAUCUCUGGGGAGUCGUGCCCUGCGAUAAGAAUGGCUUCCAGGAAGUGCACAGCUUUGCCUCGGGCAGGGCCUUGCCCUGGGGCCCACUGUGUGCCGCUAUGGCCAGCUGUCACUCUCUGAUCCUUCUCGAUGAGACCAUCCAGGGAGACCCUCUGGACAUCAAAAUGUUUGAAGCCACCAACUGGGAAAUGGCUAUUUCUGGGGACAAUUUCCACAUCAAGGGAGUGCCAGCACACGCCAUGGUAGUUAAGCCCUGCAAAACAGCCAGCCAGGUCCCAGUGGAAGGAAUUGCAGUCCUGCAUCAGUUCCCAUUCUCAUCAGCACUGCAGAGGAUGACAGUCAUUGUCCAAGAGAUGGGGGGUGACAGGCUGGCAUUCAUGAAAGGUGCACCAGAGAAGGUGGCCAGCUUUUGCCAACCUGAGACAGUACCAACUAGUUUUGCUAGUGAACUUCAGAUUUACACGACACAGGGAUUCCGGGUCAUAGCACUGGCCUACAAAAAGCUAGAAAUGGACCACCACACCACUGCCUUGACAAGGGACAAGGUAGAAUCAGACUUGAUAUUUCUGGGAUUGCUGAUCUUGGAGAAUCGAUUGAAGGAAGAGACAAAACCCAUCCUGGAAGAGCUCAUCUCAGCCCAGAUAAGGACAGUAAUGAUCACAGGUGAUAACCUUCAGACUGCAAUAACAGUGGCCAGAAAGUCUGGAAUGGUUUCUGAAGGCCAGAAAGUCAUUCUCAUUGAAGCAAAUGAAAGUGCUGGGUCCUCAUCAGCAUCUAUAUCUUGGAAUGUAGUAGAAGAGAAGAAACACAUUGCCUACGGGAAUCAGGAUAAUUACAUUAACAUCAGGGAAGAAGUCUCUGAUAAUAACAGAGAAGAAAGUUAUCAUUUUGCCCUAAGUGGAAAAUCCUUUCAGGUUAUAAGUCAACAUUUCAGCAGCCUACUGCCAAAGAUACUGAUGAAUGGGACCAUCUUUGCAAGAAUGUCUCCUGGGCAGAAAUCCAGUCUGGUGGAAGAAUUUCAGAAACUGGAGUAGGUUCUUUCCCAAUUCUGGUGGCGUGAAGUGCCUGGGGGCCUGGCAGUCAGGGGAGAGUAAGAGGUACAGGAGUCACUCUGGCUAGGGCAGUGGUUCUUAACUGAGCUGCACAUGUCAGUCACCUUGGGAGCUUUGAAAAAACAGCAGUUC